GUCGGCUCGCAAUUAUUCCAGCUUUAGUUCUGUAUAGCGUUCUAGCAUAAACAAUACAAUACAACGGCUGUUGGUUGUUGGUUCUUAGUUGAUCUUGCCUUCUGUUUUAAAUACAUCCUAUACCGAUUAACAUGCCUAAAACCAAGAAGAGAGAGAACAAUUUGGUUAUUUACUUGACUUCAUUGUGCUCUCUUGUACCAACAGUCGCAAUAUUUAUGUGGUUUAGAAAUGUGCAACCGACCGCCUACAUGGACGAGAUUUUUCAUGUACCACAGGCCAAACACUAUUGCAAUGGGUCGUAUGACAAGUGGGAUCCAAUGAUAACAACAUUACCCGGUCUUUAUAUUAUGUCAGUAAUUUUACUCAAGCCUAUUUCGUACCUGACCAAGAUAGAUGUCAAUGAUAUCUGCCACAUUGCUUUUCUACGAGCCACAAAUAUCAUAUUCACCGUGGGAAAUAUUUGGUUACUUUAUUGUCUACAAAAACGAAUAAAUAAAUAUGAAAAAAAUGUUUCUACUUCAAGAUAUGUAAUGACGUCGGUAAAUCUGAUGACUUUUCCACUGUUGUAUUUCUUCACCUUUCUUUACUAUACUGACGUUGCAUCCACCUUUUUUGUGCUUCUCAUGUACUUACGUUACCUAGAAGAGCGCCAUAUACCAUCCGCAUUCUAUGGAGCGUGUGCAAUGAUGUUUAGGCAGACCAACAUUAUCUGGGUAGUGUUUGUUGCAGGGAUCGUUGUAGCAAGAGAAGUUGAGAAAAAUACUAAAUUAGAGAUGUAUAUCUCACAUUCCCUUGUCAUCCAGUCUAUUACUACAGCUGUUAAAUCAGUAUUAAUACACCUGUAUAAAGUCCCAAAUGUUAUGUUUCUUUUAAUUCUAUUAUCACCAUAUUUGUUUUUAAUGUUUGGGUUUGCAGUGUUUAUUUAUAUGAAUAAUGGUAUAGUAGUUGGGGACAGAAGUAGUCAUCAAGCUGUUUUAAACUUCCCUCAAAUUUUCUAUUUCUUCAGUUUCACACUAGGCUUGGGUGCACCAUUUCUGAUCACACCCAGCAAGGUAAUCUCAUUCAUAAAGGCAUGUUUGCGUAAUGUUUUCAUUCUAGGCAUCCUUGUUGCCAUCUCAACUGUUAUCAUCGUGAAUUUUACAUACGUUCACCCGUAUCUUGUUGCAGACAACCGCCAUUAUACAUUUUACGUAUGGAUGAAAAUAUACAGUCGGCAUGAAUUGGUACGCCUAGCGCUCAUACCGAUUUACCUUUACGGGGGAUGGAGUAUAUUUGAUUCACUAGAUACAGAGCCUGGGACGUAUCUCUUUAAGAUAGUGUUUUUUAUAUGCAUUGCUGCAGCAACGGUCCCUCAGAAACUCAUGGAGUUUAGGUACUUCAUAGUGCCAUAUUUACUGACUAGGCUGCAUAUGUCUACUGGUAGUUACUUGCAACUUAUUACUGAGUUUAUUCUCUACCAAGUGAUUAAUUUCAUUACUCUCUUUUUAUUUGCAUACAAACCAUUUACCUGGCCUAACUCUAAUGACAUUCAGAGGUUUAUGUGGUGAAAUGUAAUGUAGACUGUAGGAAUUGUUACUUGCACCAGUCUUAAACAAAACUUUAAUUAGGUGUAGAGAAAUACUGUUUACUUCAAAUCUUCUAUUUUCCCAAUUAGAUUUUUUUUUUACUGUAAGAUGUGUCUAGAUGGUGGUUGAACCAUGUGUGUACCACCACUAUUGUGUACAUGAACAUGAAGAUUUAGCAUUUCUUAUUAAAUGUAUUUGAAAUCUUAUUUAAACUAGUGUUUCUUUCUACAUUACUUUAUAGCCCCGUUCCGCAACCUUUUUAGCCCACAGCCCAAAUUAAAUGUCAAGCACUCAGACGCAAACCGUCGGACCUGAAGGACCAAUUAAUCACCUGAAUUUCAUUGUAAAUUUAUUGAAUAUGGUACUAUUUUUUUGAGUUUGAGUGAUUAAGUCACUAAAUCACAUCCAGGUGAUCACAUCCAUCGUUUUAUAGGUGCGAGGCUAGCGGAGGUCAGAGCAGAACCAUGCCAACUUGAUCCUUUUGUAACCAAUUGAAAGAUACUACUUAAUUCAUAAAAGAUUCUUCAUAUCACCCACAAAAUAUAUUAAAACUUCCUCAAAAUGAAAUUAAUACAACUUGGAAUUACUCAUAUAAUUGUUUGCCCCACCAGACGUGUUAUCGUAAUCGGUACCUUCCCAAAUACUUUUUUAAAAAUCGCAAGCGAUUCGGGAGACUUAUUGAACAUGAAACUAUUAUUGACAAUGCACGCAUUUGCCACACUAUAAUUAUGCACGUUUGUUUACUGUAAUUUUUGUUUGGUUUGUCUGUGAACCAAACGUCUGGUUGUGACCCACAUGUUGCUGAACGAUGCUUUUUAGUAUUAUAGUAAAGUAUUCAUUAUGAAUAUUUUGUGAUUUAGAUGAGGUGGGUGUUAAGAAGAUUACCUCUGGUAGAAAAAUAGUUUUGCGUAGACAAAUAUUUGUUACCUGCGUAUAAAUAAUUGGAAAUUAGCUUGCUGAUUGCUGUGUUUUUGUUUUAGUUUUUUUGUUAAAAAAAAACAACGUACUAAAACAUUUCCUGUAUUAGACUAGUAGUA